AUGGAAGGAAGUACCGCAGUAAACAACGAAACCAAUUGUCAUGACGAAAGCUGCAAUGAAAGUCUGGUUACUGGAGGCAGUCCCAAUAAAAUCGAAAAUAAUAAUGAUUUGGUCAUUGAAUGCUCACAUAACAUCAAAAAAGACAACGAAAAUCCUGUCACUGAAAGCUUCUCUAGUAAUAUCAAGAGGGACAACGAUCCGAGUAACGUUGAAAUUGACAUCAAAACUUCAGUCACUGAAAACAUCAAUGAAAAUUUUGUCGACAACGUCAUUGAAGAUGAAGGCGCUGUUGAUGAGGAUGUUGAAAACGUUACUACUAACGAUGAAGUUGUUGUUGGUGGAAAUGUAAUACCUACUGUUGUUGCUAUUGACGAUGAAGGCGCUGAUGUAUUUCCUAUGGAAAUCGAUAACUUCCUUUUCCGUGGAUCCAAAUUUCAAGAGAGCGUUCCUCUCCUUGAUCAGUACGUCAACGAAUUAACUGAAUUAAUUCGAAUGGAUGUUGCUCAUUAG